AUAUAUCUCAGCACGUGACCCUCUGGUUGAGGGGAAACCAUAUAAGCAGGGAAGAUGAGGUCGGUUGUUAGUCGCACUUCCUUGACAUAGAGGCAACACUGUAACUGAGAGAUUGCUCUUCAUUUUAUCACUGAGAGGAUAACAUGGAUGAGCCAGCAACAACGUUUAUGACCACAGUAAUGGAGUAUACUGAAACUGACCCCUCUGAUGACCCAGACUAUGAAAUAUUGCUGGAAAACACAGGCAUGUGCAAAAGAGAUUGGGUCAGGCAUUUUCGUGGGCAGUAUGAACCACCUCUAUUCUGGAUCAUAUUCAUCCUUGGUGCUGUGGGUAACCUGCUGGUGGUUUGGAUCUACACAACUGUGCGCAACCGCCUGAAAACAAUGACCGACGUGUACCUGCUAAAUCUGGCUGUGGCUGACCUCCUCUUCCUCUGCAUGUUGCCCUUCUGGGCUGUUGAUGCCACCAAGGGCUGGAACUUUGGCGUCGGUCUCUGCAAACUGGUGUCUGCUGUCUACAAGAUCAACUUCUUCAGCAGCAUGUUCCUGCUCACCUGCAUUAGCGUGGACCGCUACAUUGCUAUUGUACAAGUCACCAAGGCCCAGAACCUGAAGAAAAAGAGACUCUUCUACAGCAAACUUGCCUGCCUGGGUGUCUGGUUUGUCUCCACUCUCCUGGCCCUCCCUGAGUUCAUCUUUGCGCAUGUGAAGCCAGAACAAGGCGGGAUGUCCUUCUGUACUCUGGUCUACUGGAACAACACAGACAACCGGACUAAGAUCCUGGUGCUGUCUCUGCAGAUCUGCAUGGGUUUCUGCCUUCCUCUAUUAGUUAUGUUCUUCUGUUACUCUGUCAUCAUUCGCACACUUCUGCAGGCCAAGAGCUUUGAAAAGCACAAGGCCCUACGCGUCAUAUUUGUUGUGGUCUUUGUGUUUGUCCUCUCUCAGCUGCCUUACAAUAGUCUGCUGAUAGUGGAGGCUGCGCAGGCAGCUAAUACUACUAUGACAGAAUGUGACACAGUAAUUCGUUUUGAUAUAGCUGGACAGGUAGCCAAGAGCCUUGCAUUUACCCAUGCCUGCCUGAACCCAUUCCUGUACGUCUUUAUAGGAGUUCGGUUCAGACAAGACCUCUUGAGGAUUGCGAAGAUGUGUGUUGGUGGUCAUGGCAAAGGAGGGUUCAGUAAAACAGUUCCCAAACGUCCAUCUGUCAUGUCAGACACUGAUACCACCCCUGCCCUUUCCAUAUGAACGCACCAUUUCCUAAAGUCCUAAACCUGACAUCUGAGCCCAGUUCUAACAUGAACAUGUUUAUCAUUUUGUUCCCCAUGCAUUACAUUACUUUCUAAAAUGAUAAAAUAUUCAACUUUGAAAGCAAAGAAGUCUCUGGAAUUCAUAUUCAUAACAUUCAUAUUCUGACAAUCACUAGCACAAUGUUUCUGGAAUCACUGUAUAAACUGUAUAUUAUUGUAAAUACUGUUUUUAAAGUGUUUGUAUUUUUACAUUCCUUGCAUCAUGUAUUUGUCGUGUGCUGCUGUAACUGUCUUAGAAAACAACUGCAUUUUUGAUUUUCAGGUACAAAACAACAAUUAAAAAUUGGAAAAUUUUAAAGCA